AUGCAUGGAUUUCCAGGACUGGUGGGUGGGAUCGCUCUGGCCUUGAAAAGUCCAGUGGCGAAUGCGGCGAAAUGGCUAGGCGAUGUGAAACCCCAACCGUGCGCUCCCCUGAUCCAACCACACUCACCGAACCUGAUCCAGCCUUCCGAGCCUGCUCGGCUGCUCUGGUCCUCCGCCCGGCUGCCCGCAGCGGCAGCGGCUGCUGGCGGCGGUAGUGCUGCACCGGUCGUGCAGCGAGGAAUCCUAAGGCCGUUUGGAAGUUUCAAGGUGCCCGAAAAGCUGCCCGCAGCAGCACACGGGUGUGGCAGUGCUGCUAAUGUCAUGCUGAAAGGAGUGGGAGUGGGAGUGGGAGAAGAUUCAGGGGCCUUUUGGCAGAUUCAGGAGGUUCAGGAGGGGUUUACGCUGCAGCUGUCCGCCCCACUCUCCUCCUCCUCUCUUUCUUCCUCCUCUUCCUCUCUUUCCUCGACCUCGUCGUCCUCCUCCUCCUCCUCCUCCUCCUCCUCCUCCUCCUCCUCCUCCUCCUCCUCCUCCUCCUCCUCCUCCUCCUCCUCCUCCUCCUCCUCCUCCUCCCCACCACCCUCCUCCUCUCCAACCCGCUCUCGCCCUUCCCCCAUGCCCAUGCCACCGCUGCCAUCCCUCCUCCCCACGGACCAGCAGCAGCGGGUGGGCAGUGGGCCGGCGUUCAUGGGCAAUGUGUUUCUCGUGGCGGACCCCUCCAAGCGGGGCAUGCUGGGCGUCAAGGUCGAGCCGUCCCCCUUCACAGGGAUGGGGGAAUGGGUGGGGCAGCAGCAGCAGAAGCUCACAGGACCCCUCCAAGAGGGGCAUGCUGGGCGUCAAGGUCGAGCCGUCCCCCUUCACAGGGAUGGGCGAGUGGGUGGGGCAGCAGCAACAACAGCUGCAAGGCUGAGUGGUUGGGAUGGUUGCGGUGUGGUUCGCGUGUUUGUGCUGGGCACUGCAGCACGCUACCUGCGACGCCUGCAGCUGUACCCGUUCGCUCCAGACGAGGUGAAAGCCAGCACGAUCGGAUUCUGCCCUCUAGAAGUCGCCUAUCGGUUCUUCAAGUUCCGCCACCCGCUUUUUUCCUUCGUGCCGGACGAGAGUCAGGUGCGGGCGGCACGGCAGUUACUGCGCCAGCUGGAGGGGCGGCAAGCGGCGGAGCGAUUCCAUGGAGUGCCGGUGUUCAGUGCAGCGAAUCUGACCAUUGCUGUGCCGUCCAAGGGCGGCCAGCUGAGGUGGUACCGCCCUUACUUUUUCAACAAGAAGCAGCUGGAUAAACUGCUGGCGUCGAGUGUGGAGCAAUACUUCAUGGGACUCAUGCGCGCGAGGAGGGCAGCGAGACAAGCACAGAUUGCGGCAGUGGAUGGCGCAGGGGCAGGAGGAGGGGGGGGAGGAGCAGAGGAGGAGGAUCCGUUUGACUCCUUCCCAGACCCGCACGAGUUUGCGGACGAUGGCAUGUUCCCAGACCCGCCAGAGAUGCAGGAGUUCGCCCAGGAGUUGGGUCCCAUGCUCGGCUCCUUCCCCUCCGCCUCCCUCGGUUCUUCCUCCCCCGGGUCAACCCUGCCGCUGCUGCGAGACGCUGAGAUGGUGGUGCAGGAGUGCAUGGAUCGGGUGCUGCUGAGCAGUCAAUGGGGGAGGAAACUAGCUGGUUUGGAGCCUUCUUUUACCGUCAUUGUGGAUUCGUUUGAACGAAGGGUGGAGGAGGCAGAGGCGGUGGUGGAUGCGGAGAUCAAGGCUUUCGUUAGCUCUGCCAUCACCAGCCUCCUGAAGAAAUGCGAUCUGCUGCCGCAACAGCUCUCCACCGCACCUCACAAGGGGAAAGCAGAGGACAAAGCGAAGGAAAGGGGAAUGGCAAAGGACAGCUUUUUAAAAAGCGAGAGGAAGGGGGAUUCAGAGCAGGCGCUGUCAGUGCAGCAGCAGCAACAGGAGCAGGUGCAGCAGAACCGGCAGCAGCAGCAGGUGAAGGAGGAAAGGGGUUUGUCAGAAGCUGGUUCUUCCCUCUCCACUCGUCCCGCUGCCAGCACUGCCAGCACCACACUCCCUGGUGAUACUGUCACGCCCACAGUCCCUGAUACGAUCACAUCCCAAACCACUGAUACUGUCACAUCCGCUCCUCCUGAUACUGUCACGUCUGCUCACAGCAGCACGGCCAUCGAUAACAGCACACCCUCUACUACCACUGUCAUUGCUGCUACAGCAGCACCACCCACAGCCUCUCCUGCUUCUGAAACACCGCUUACAGGCACACGCAGCACAGUCACAGCUGCUGGGGGAAAGGGGGGAAAGGUGAAGGGGAGGGGGAGUGGGAGCAAGGAGGGCAGCAAGGAGGGGCAUGCCCUGGAAGGGGCUUUACUGGCUGGCCUGCUGCGAUUGAUGGGGGAGGAUGGUGCGGCUGACCUGCUGUACAAGGCAAUGGGAAUUGGUCGCACGAGCGGGGGUGGUGUUGGGGGAAAGGAAGGGGGUGGGAAUGGAAAGCGAAGGAUGGGAGAGGACGAGGCUUCUGAGCUGUUGGGUAAGGCUAUGGCCUUUUUAAACAGGGAUGGGGAUGAUGCUGGGAGGAAGAGUGGGGGUGAUGUUGGUGGAAAGUCUGGGAGUGAUGCUGGUGGGGAGAGUGGGAGUGUCACAGCGAAGAAUGGGAAUGAUAAAACCACUGACAGUGUGGAUGAGGGAAAUGGGAAGAGUAAGGAUGAUAAGGCGCAGUCAUUUGGGAGCCAUGACGGGGGCGAUACUGGGUUGAGUGGUAUAGUUGGGAAGGAUAAGGCAUUGAUAGGAAGUGGUACGGGAGCGAAUAGCAGUGGAGGAAUGAGCCCUGUUGACAGCAGCAUCGAUAAAACCGCAACCAGCAGUCUUGGUUCCAAUGUCAGCAGUAGCAGCAGCAUUAUCAGCAGCAGCAGUGCCAGCAGCAGCAGCAGCAGCAGCACCGUCACAGCUAAUGUCUCGGAUAAUGCAGAUCUGAGUAUGAGAGAGGGGAUCAAAGGAGCGGUCGAGAAAAAGCAAGAGGACGUGAAGGAGAUAGCAGCUGAGGAGAAGCAUCUUGUUCAGAGAGGUUUAGGUUCGAUUCCCAAGACUGCUGAUGAGGAUCCGGCACAGGAGAGCAUAAGGCAGGUGGUGAGUGCGAUACGGGGGAAGUUGGCUGCUGCUGUGGCUGAAGGGACACGUGGCAUGGCUGGAUUGGUGGAUUCUGCUAAGGAAGCGGUGGCAAGACUGGCCCGUCAAGAGGGUACGUCUUCAAACGAAGCUGCUUCAAACGAAUCUGCUUCAAAUGAAUCUGCAGAGGCUGUUGCAGGAAAAGCUUCUGUAGGGACAGGAGCUCGUGUUACAGGUGGGGUUGCUUCGGCAACAGAGCAUGGUCUUGCAGCUGGUGCAACAGAGCCUGUCAAGUCACAAGCGCAAUCGAGUGAAGCACAACUAGGGGCUGCAUCAUUGGCGGCUAAUCAGAGUGAUUCUCCUGCAGGAGUUGUGGUGCCAAAAUUUCCUGCAGCAACAGAAGGUGGAACGGCAGAACCUUCUGAAGUGGUUGCGUCUGAGGCAGAUGUCACAGCGAUGUCUGAAUCAGAGAUGAGAGAUGCUGAAGAGAGAGCUGCUGCUGCUGUCGCUGCUGCUUCUGCAGUUGCAGCUAUUGCUGCUGCAGCUGCUGCCAAUGCUGCUGCUUUGGCUCGGCCUGAACGUCUGCCUAUGUCCCAGCCGAAGCUAGCAAUCUUAGGGGUGACAGUACCGAAGCUGCAAGUCCGUUCCGAGGCUAAAGAUGGCGACAAGAAGGCCGAGAGUGAGGGUGGGAGUGAUGAAGGGAGUGAGAAUAGGAAAGGUGGAGGGAGUGAAAGUAAGAGUGAGGGAGGGAGUGAGAAAACAGGUUCUGAUGCUCUGGAGAAUGGUUCCACAACUGAGGGAAAGGUGGAGACAAUAAUUCCGCCAGCAAGUGGAGGGCCUAAUGGGAAAGCCUCAGUUGAGAACAUCAUUGCCACUGCUAAAGGACCUGUUGUGUCACCUGAUGUUGAGGUGGCAGCAGCAGCAGCAGCAGCAGAGGCAGCCGCACAAGCAGCAGCAGAGGCAGCAUUAGCAGGAGUGAAAGAAGCCAUUGCAAUCGCAUCAAGGGACUUUGAGGAGACUGUUCGCAGGGGUGGUGUUCCGGACGCGAGUCGGGACCCACUGUUCAUUGCAGAUAUAGGGGAGGACAGGGAGGAAGCUGGGUGGGGAGAUAGAUCAGAAUUUGGCCUCAAGCGUGCUGGAUAA